UGGAAGCCGUCUGGCCCGUCUGCAUGGGGGUCACAGCCUCCCGCUGGCCCCAGACACAGAGAGCACGCCAGCAUGCAGGGUGAAGACAGCCUCCAGGUCCUGGUGGGGGCGGAGGCCGACAGCUUCCCGCUGGUGGAGAGAAGCCGCACUCUUGAGGCUGAGGCAUCUGAGCAAUGGGACUAUGUCCUGGUGGCUGAUUGGCAUCCUCAAGAAAGCUUGAAGCAGGAGAGGCAGCAGGAGUUUCUGGAGCAGCUCCAGAGAAAGGGCUUCCACUUCAAGGUGGUGGAAGAUGGGAAACAGGUGUAUUUCGGGAUUCGAGCAGACAAUGGGCUCUUUGACCUGUAUCAAACGCUCCUCAUGGAAUCCGAGGGUCCAGCUCCCAGUGACAAACUCGCCAAGUCUGAGCCGGUCCCAGCCACCACAAGAAUCCGAAUUGUGAACUUUCUCCUGAACCGCACGACAGCCGCCGGGGACUCCUUCGAGGACUUGGUGAAAGGCGGGGUCUUUAAAGCCAGGUUUGCCCUGCACAAGGUCCACAGGGAGGACGAGCUGAAGAAGUGGGCGCAAUGGAGAAGCCUGUUCCGUAAGCAGCCGAUUGACACAAUCAGGAACUAUUUUGGCGAGAAGGUGGCGCUGUACUUUGCGUGGCUCGGCUGGUACACUUACAUGCUGGUGCCCGCGGCACUGAUGGGCCUCCUCGUCUUCCUGAGCGGGUUCACCCUGUUUGAUGCCAGUCAGAUCAGCAAGGAGGUCUGCGAGGCCCACAGCGUUGUCAUGUGCCCCGUGGGGGAACACACCGGAGGCUUCCACGUGCUCUCGGAGACCUGCACCUUUGCGAAGCUCACCCACCUCUUCGACAACGACGGCACGGUGCUGUUUGCCUUCUUCAUGGCUGUGUGGGCCACAGUGUUCCUAGAGAUCUGGAAGCGGCAGCGAGCACAGGUGGUCCUGAACUGGGACUUGUACGGCUGGGAUGAAGACCAGGAAGAGAUGGCUCUUGAGCUCAUCAACUGCCCUGAGUAUAGGCUCCGGUUUCACCAACACUCCUACCUGCGAAGCACCAUCAUCCUGGUCCUGUCUCUGUUCAUGAUCUGCCUCAUUAUCGGCAUGGCCCACGUGCUGGUUGUCUACCGAGUGCUGGCGGCCGCCCUCUUCAGCAGCUUCCUGGGCGAGCAGGUGACCACGGCGGUGGUGGUGACCGGAGCUCUGGUCCACUAUGUGAUUAUUGUCCUCAUGACCAAGGUCAACAGAUUCAUGGCCCUGAAGCUCUGCGACCUGGAGGAGCCCAGAACCUUCUCCGAGCGGGAGAGCAAGUUCACCGUCAAGUUCUUCGCCCUGCAGUUCUUCGUGCACUUCUCCUCUCUCAUCUACAUCGCCUUCAUCCUGGGCAGGAUCAACGGCCACCCUGGGAAGUCCACACGCCUGGCGGGUCUGUGGAAGCUAGAGGAGUGCCAUCUCAGCGGCUGCAUGAUGGACCUGUUUGUGCAGAUGGCCAUCAUCAUGGGUCUGAAGCAAACACUGAGCAAUUGCAUGGAGUACCUGGGCCCGUGGCUGGCCCACAAGUGCCGUACCAUGUGGACCGUCAAGCGCAACUUUGGGGCCCACGAGCCCGAGCUGCAGGAGUGGCGACGCAACUACCUCCUGAACCCCAUUACCACCUUCAGCCUGUUUGACGAGUUCAUGGAAAUGAUGAUCCAGUACGGCUUCACCACCAUCUUCGUGGCUGCUUUUCCGCUGGCACCGCUGCUUGCGCUCUUCAGCAAUCUGGUGGAGAUCCGCCUGGACGCCAUCAAGAUGGUCCGGCUGCAGCGGCGCCUGGUGGCCCGCAAGGCCAAGGACAUCGGGACCUGGCUGCAGGUGCUGGAGACCAUCGGCGUCCUGGCUGUCAUCACCAACGGGAUGGUCAUAGCCUUCACCUCUGAGUUCAUCCCCCGCAUGGUCUACAAGUACCGCUAUGGCCCAUGCCACCCCGGCUCCAACUCUACAGAAGACUGCCUCAAGGGCUAUGUCAACCACAGCCUGUCUGUUUUCCACAUCAAGGACUUCCAGGACCCAAUCAUGAAAGAGGGCUGGGAAAACGUGACCAAGUGCAGGUACCGGGACUACCGCAAUGCCCACGACUACAACCUCUCUGAGCAGUUCUGGUUUCUCCUGGCCAUCCGCCUAGCUUUCGUCAUCCUCUUCGAGCAUGUGGCCUUGUGCGUCAAGCUCAUCGCGGCGUGGUUUGUGCCGGACACGCCCCAGUUGGUGAAGAACACUGUGCUAGACAAGAAGUACAAGACGCUUCAGGAGAAGUACAAGACGCUUCGGGAGAAGAACCAGACACUUCAGAAAAUGUGGCCCAGCUCCAGGAGCACAGAGGUGUAGACAGCCAGCCCUGAACAAAGGGAGAGGAGCCUGGGCACCAGCUCCCACGUCCACAGCCUGACCCUGACCGCGGCCUGCCGUGGGAGCUGUGAGAAAGCCCGGGUGUGGGAUCCUGGGAGGCCCGUGUCUACAUGGGUGGCCCUGGAGGCUGCGUACGUGUGGGUGGUUAUUGGAGUCCUUGAAUAAAGGUGGUAUA